UUUGAAUAAAAUGUUGAGUUGUAGUUUUAACAGGGAAGGUUUUAGUCGUCUUCUUAGUCGGAUGACAAAUUCGCCUUGACCACUCGGGACAACACGUGCAUGUGGUGACAGCGCAAAAGCGCUAAACAAGUGCAGGCACGCCGUUUGUGAUUGGAAAGUGAAAAAGAAUAAAAACCUAUUGAAGUAUCUAAGACCCAGCUGGUUACUACAGAAGAAAUCGUGUAAGUGUUGCGCAGAAAACUAUUAGGCGAAGCGCGAAGAAAAUAGUGCAAGCACGCCGUUUGUGAUUGGAAAGUGAAAAAGAAUAAAAACCUAUUGAAGUAUCUAAGACCCAGCUGGUUACUACAGAAGAAAUCGUGUAAGUGUUGCGCAGAAAACUAUUAGGCGAAGCGCGAAGAAAAUAGUGCAAGUACGCCGUGAAAAAGUGAAAAAAAAGAGGCCCAACUACUAAAAAACUAUUAGGUACCAGAAUAAAGAAACGGUGCGAAUCUUUCAGUUGAGUGGAAGAAAACGUGGCAACCGGCAAAAUGGAAAAUAUUACAACAAGCUGCAAUACUGUAAGUACAAACCUUUUUCUCUCUCUUCUUUUGACAUGGGAUUUUAAUAAAUUAUGCAGUAAGCAUGAUUUAAAAUGAAAACCAUUUUUAUAUCAAUUAUGUGGUGAAAAUUAGUGAAGUGUGGUGAGUGAUGGAACGGUCUACCUAAUAAUCAACAUUCAGGGGCAUUAUUUUAUAGCAAAUUCUAGUACACAUGAAUACCCAUUGAUAUGCAAAUAUUACGAUUCUCCUUCACCUUCUCCGUAUCGUAACAUCCCAGCUGGAACAGAGCCAGCCUCUCAAUGAGCAUUUCCACAGUUAUUUUACUGAACAUUUUCGUCGCUAAUGACCAUUUUACAUUUGAAUAACAAUGUGUGGCAGGCACGAAGACUCUCUAUGCUUAAAAGCAAUCAAGUAAAAUUCUAUUACGAAGGGACCCUUGGCAAUUUGUUGUAAUCCUGUAUUUCUGAUAUACGUUUAAAAAGAGUAUAUUAAAUUGAUUUGUUAUUAAAAAAAAAAAAAAAAUACAUAACUCCAUGUUAAAAAAAAAGUACAAUUUUUCACAAAAGAUCAUCAUGAAAAGUCACUAAAACAGGGCCUUCAUCUUCUCACACAAAAACUUUGUUUCAAAAAAAAAAAAUCAAAAUAACACUUGGUUCCAUUCAAUUUGGCAAUGUACAAUGUAAGGUUCUCAAUGUAACAAUGUAUGUUCUCAAAUAAAGAAAAAACAACAUUGCUUACCUUAUUUUAUUCCUCUAUGCAGGACUGCAGGUGGUUAAACUCCUACAUUAAAGGCAUCAACCUAAAACAAACAAUCAAUUAUAAUUCAAAUAAAUUUUAUGUAUAGAAUGAUACUUCUCUUUACGUGGGUGGCUACUCCACCACGUCGCAUAUCAUUCACACACUACUAACACUAGAUGGUACUGCCGGACAGAAAGCACAGCACACAUCAUUUUGCUGAAAGGGCAGUUUGGACGCCGCUCGCUCGCGAUUGAAAGUUAUCGGAACGGUGGAGAGAAGGCAAUAAAAUUAAAGCAGGGUUUCAAAAUGUGCGAAUAAUGGCAAUUCUACACAAUACAAAAUGUAUAGCUGAAUAUGUUUUUUUAUAGUCAAUAGUUUCUGACCAACAGUUAUUUCAUCUGAUUUUUUUUGUUGUACCGUAAAACGGGUAACUUUGAUAGUUUUUCAGCGAAUUUCCUCAUUAUUUUUCCAUGAAACCGAAUUUUUCUCAGUUCAAUUUAAAAAAAAAAAAAACAAGUAAUGGGGUAUCAAUUAUCAAUUGCAACUGGAGGAUCCGAUAAUUUUAAAUGUUUGGGUGACCAACAAUUUUGCAUAUGAGCGAGAAUCACAUUUUCAUUUUGGGGUGAUAGUGCCCUGAAAAACACAUCGAAUCUAAAAUAUUAGUCACAGAUUGAAAUCUUAGGAGUAUGAACAUGAUGGAAGAAGCAGUGUGGAACAUAUCAGAUUUAUUAAAUAUCAAAACAUGGGUUUUUACAAAAUUCUACAUAUGAAGGUGAGCCUUUGAAGUACUGAGUGAAAAACUCAGUGAAUUCAGCCAUCAAAAAUCAUUGUCUAUUCAAGAAUACAUUUUUUUACGGUACUGAUAAUUUGAAAAAAAAAAAAAUGGCAGCGUUUUCGCAGAUAACAGCCCUUCAAUGUAUUCCACAAUUUGAUGGGAAUCCAGAUGAAUUGGAUGUUUUUAUUAGACAAAUUGAGUUGUUUGCAGAACAGUUGGAAGGAGAAGAUCAUACUCCGCUUCUGAAUGUGGUUUAUUUGAAAUUAACAGGCAAAGCGCUAAAGUUGCUUUCAAAAAUUGACGCAAAUACUUGGCCCGAAGUAAAACGCAAUCUAGAGGAUGAGUUUAAAUUCGAAAAGAGUGCCGCCACUCUUAUGAAGGAAAUUGAAACCUUACUACAAAAGGAAAAUGAAUCGUUCGAUGAUUACAGCAUCAGAGUAGAAGAUUUACACAAGUGGGUAGCUAACCAGGGAAGAUAUGCGACGAAUUCGUUACGCAAACAUUUCUUAGGAGGAUUACGCGAUCGAAGUUUAGCUAAUGCUGGAAAAUCGCAAAGAGAAAAAACACUUCCAGAAUUACUAACUUGGCUUAAAAAAGAGAUCGAUGAUGGAAAUGAAAUCGAUGAAAUCUUUGCAAGAGUAACAACUUUAGAGUUGUUAGAAACGAAGAAAAAUAACAAAAUCAAUGACAACCAAAAUAAUAAAUUUCUACCAGUACAAAACCUCCGUUUGCGAAAUAACAGGUAUUCUAAUGGCUAUGUUCAAAGUCCGCAUAAUAAGAUAACAUACUCAAAAAACGUGAUUCCAGGGGGUUCGUACAUGUUGUGCGAACACCCCGCACAAAUAAUUAUAGAGAGCGCAACCAUAUUAAUUCUAUCAAUGGAAAACAGAAUUUAUCUCGGAAUGCAAAUUUUCAGAAGAAUAAUUUUCACGAACUACCAGAAAGCAUUGUAAAUGGAAUUAAAAAUUGUAUGCCGGCUCAUGAAAGAUUGUACAUCGAACAUUCAGGCAACAAUUUAUUUUUACUAAAUAUUGCAUCUGUUGCAAAGCCGAAAACAGUGAUAAAAUAUUUACUUGAUUCUGGGUCAUGCUUCAACUUAUUAAGAUGGGAUACUGCUUUUAGGAUUGGAGUAGAAAACAUCAACUAUAAUGAUAAGGAGAUACUUCGGGGAUUUGCUAAUUCCCAAACACGAUCGAUUGGAUCAACGUUAGUUAAACUUAAAAUAGGAAACUCUCAUUAUAAUAUUAAGUUUUAUAUUAUUAAGAACUUAUGUGUUCCAGGCAUUAUUGGAGCUGAUUUUCUGAAGCAAAACACAUUGUAUGUUGGACCACGGUUCAAAUAUAUUGCUUUAAGAAAAACUGAUGAAUGUACAAAAUUAUUAAAUAUGAAUGAAAACUCCCCUCAUACUAUGAAUACAUAUAAUAUCGAUAAACGUUUAAUUAAGUCAGAAAAAGAAUGUCAAACCGAAUCAGUUAACUACAGCAAUGCUGUAAGCCAACAACAUGGGAAAUUAGAUUUAGCACACAGGGUGCAUGAAAACAAUUAUAAUAACCGCACAAGGAUGGUUACAGAAAAUAGUGUUUCAUUCCAGAAUAAAUCUCAACAAAGCAUAAGAAACGCAACAAAUAUUUUUAAAGAUACCACAAUGGGAAAUACGAAACAUUUUCCACAUAACAAGUGCAACGUCGAAGACAAAAGAGAUAAUGCAAACAACAUUAAUAUAAUACAUGAUCAGAGAACAAAUUUUACUGAUAAAAAUUUCAAUGACGACUCCGCAAAUUGGGAAGCGAAAGCAGAAGGACAAUCUUCAGAUCAUAAUGUUAACAAAUAUCUCGUAGAAACAACGACGGAUAUUGAUAAAGUUUUCCUCGAAGAUUUGGAUUCAGACCAAGACCUCAGCUUAUUAGAUAACAGAAGUCAACCACAAAUGGAAGGUAAAAACCGUCUCACAAAAUUAGUGGAAACGAUUAAUUUAACUCAUUUAAACAGGGCUAAUUUUAACGCAAUGGAAGAAAUUAUGACAAAUUACAGUGAUGUCUUUUAUCUGAAAGGAGAUCAGCUAACGAUUACAAAUGCUGCAGUACAUGAAAUAGAGACUACAACUAAUGUACCGAUUAACAAACGACAGUACAGAUUUCCGGAGUCCACAAAGAAACAAAUUAAUGCGGAAAUUGAGGAAAUGCACAGACAAGGGAUUAUAAAGCCCAGCAAAAGUCCUUGGAAUGCACCGGUUUUGUGCAUACCAAAGAAAGAUUUAGAUUCCGAAGGAAAUAAAAAGUAUAGAAUUGUAGUAGACUUUAGAGCUUUGAAUCUAGUCACUAAACCCUUCGUAUAUCCGAUACCCCUUAUCAAUGACAUUCUGGACAGUUUAGGGGAUAGUCAAUAUUUCUCGACAAUUGAUUUGAAAUCAGGUUUUUAUCAAGUACCCAUUAAUCCGAAAGAUGCUGCUAAAACAGCAUUUUCAACCCCGAAAGGACAUUUUGAAUUCACAAGAAUGCCUAUGGGACUCAGAAAUAGUCCAUCAACUUUCCAGAAGUUAAUGAACACAGUGUUGUUCGAAAUUAAAGAUGUAAAAGCUAUCGUUUAUUUGGACGAUAUCAUUGUCUUUGGCCGUACAAUUGAGGAACACAACGAAAAUCUGAAAAAGGUAUUGGAGGCUCUUCGUAGGCAUAACUUAAAAGUUGAACCUACUAAAUGCCAAAUUUUGAAAACUGAUUUGAAGUUUUUGGGACAUGCAGUAGAUAAACAUGGAAUUCGUCCAUUAACGGACAACAUAAAAGCUAUUAAAAAUAUGCCUGUACCAAAAACAAUUAAACAAGUUCGAUCAUUUUUAGGAACCGUAAAUUUUUACGGUAAAUUUAUUCCAAAGAUUGCGGAGAUUCGAAAACCUCUUAACGAUUUGUUGAGGAAAAACGUAAAAUUUAAUUGGACAGAAGAAUGUAAACAUGCAUUUGAAAAAUUGAAAUGUUUUUUAACAUCUGACUCUUUAUUAGUGAGACCAAAUUACAAAGAUACAUUUGUUCUUACGACUGAUGCGAGCGAAUAUGCUAUAGGAGCAGUUCUCUCAAAUGAAAAAUCAAUCGACAAACCAAUUGCUUAUGCAAGCAGGGGAUUAAUUGGAGCUGAACGGAAAUAUCAUACGAUUGAAAAGGAAUUACUAGCAAUCGUAUGGGCAGUAAAUUAUUUUAGGCAUUACAUUUACAAUCAAAAGUUCAUUGUAUAUACCGAUCAUAGGCCAUUAAUCUCUUUAUGGCAUCUCAAGGAGACUUCGCCAACUUUGACAAGAUUAAGGUUAAAAUUACAAGGUUUAGAAUGCGAUAUUCGAUACAAACAAGGGAAAGAUAAUGUAGUAGCUGAUUUCUUAUCCAGGCUUCAAACAGAAAGCGAACCCGAGGAAAAUUCUAAUGUUGUUGCUGUCGUGACCACACAACAAAAACGACAACAGCAUGAUGAAAAGCAAAGGGAGCAAGUAAAUUCUAAGACUACAAAUGUUGAACGAUUCAAUACUUCCAAAGACGUAGUAGAUAAACAUUCAAACCCCAGGCAAAACUCCAACUGGAAUCCACAAAUGGAUGGACUAGAUAAUAUUGAUUUUGCUAUAGAUGAGCACAGGGGGCCAUGCAAAACUGUUUCAAGCGAUGAAUUCAAGAACGCUUUAAUCGAUCAACUGGAUAUUAAAAGACUUACAUUUUCAAAGAAUAUAAUAUCAGAAGAAAGUAUAGAUGCAACUUUUUUGAUUUUGAAUAGCAGGUCAGCACAUAAAGAGUUAAGUGAAUUCGUUGACCUACCGCAUGGUUUUAAAGAUCACUUGAUUGGGAAUGUAUUUUCAAUACCAAAUAAAAAGUUAUGGGGAAUAAUUUUGAAUGGAAACAAAAGAUCUAAAAGUGAUACUAAAAUUUUAUUCAAAGGACUGGUAGAUGCAUUUACCAAUUGUCCUCAAUACGCGAAAGAUGCGGAAAAUAUACAAAUUAUAUCAUUCAGAAAUCUUCAUAAACCCCCAUAUAUGGAUGUUUUAAGAUUUAUUGCAGAAAAGUUCAACAAACAUUUCACAUUGUAUGCUCCUGAGAAGGAUCGAAUGUGGGUAACACCAGAGGAAAGGGAAACUGUCCUACAAGAAUUUCAUGACAGCCCACUAGGUGGACAUGUCGGAAGCAAACGCAUGCUAAAGCGCAUAAAUCCACUUUUCAAAUGGGAGAAUAUGCGCAGAGAUAUAGAAAACUAUGUCAAACAGUGUGACUCAUGCCAAAAGAACAAAAUUAGUGCUGCAAAUAAAAUUCCAAUGAAGAUCACGACCACGUCCACAGAACCUUUUGAAAAGAUUUUUAUGGAUAUCGUUGUAUUACCCGAAUCUAAUAGCGGCAAUAAAUAUGGAUUGGUCAUACAAGAUGAUUUGACUAGAUAUCUAACAGUAGCUGCAAUGGAAAACCAGGAAAGUCAAACAGUUGCCAAAACAUUUGUGAAUAGUUUCAUUUGCAAGUUUGGCGCACCAAAAGAACUUGUAACUGAUAAUGGUACAAACUUUGUUAGCCAAUUGAUGAAAAAUGUUUGUAAAAUUUUGAAAAUUAAAAAGAUUACGACUACUGCCUAUCAUCCACAAGCAAACCUUGUAGAAAGAUCUAACAGAGAGUUAAAAAUAUAUUUACGGCAAUUCAUUGGCGGAGAUCCUCAAACAUGGGAUCAACUUCUUCCGCAUUUUACAUUUCAAUAUAAUACUACACUCAAUUCUUCUACCGGCUUUACGCCAUUCGAAUUGUUGUAUGGCAGAGCCGCAAGAAUUCCAAACUCAAUCUACAGAAUGAGAGAUAUGGAAUUGACCUAUUCCGAUUAUGCCGGCGAACUUAAAUCUACCCUAAAGUACUUUCACGAUAAAGCACGUGAUAAUUUGCUCGUAUCGAAACAGAAACGCAAGGAGAUUUAUGAUAAACAAUCAAAGGAAUGGCAACCAAUGUGGGGUGACAUGGUUCUUGUGAAAGCCAACCCUACAGGUACCGGCCAAAAAUUGCAAUCAUUAUGGAGAGGACCUUAUGAAGUGGUCAGUUUUCCUAGCGAACAAACAACUAUCGUUAAAAACGGAAAAAGACUAGAAAAAGUUCAUAAUAACAGACUUCGAAAGUAUAAUGACUGA